AUGAUGACGAUGAUGAAUCAGAAAUUGAGCGAAAAUCAACGUCUUCAUCGCGAAUUGUCGCAGUUGAAAUUGGCAACCGAAGUGAUUAAAUAUGACGUCGGUGAUGGCAGAAAAUCCCGAAGAAUCCUUUCAAAUAAUGAGGAAUUUAUAUUUAUUGGUGGCAUCCCGCGUAGUGGAACAACUCUGAUGAGAGCCAUGCUUGAUGCUCAUCCGGACGUUCGAUGUGGGGGCGAAACGAUGUUGCUUCCAAAUUUUCUAACUUGGCAACGAGGUUGGCGAUUGAGCGAAUGGACGAAUAAUUCGGGGAUCACGCAGCAAGUCUUCGAUGAUGCCUCUUCGGCUUUCAUCACAGAGAUUAUCGGAAAACACGGAGAAAUGGCGCCUAGGCUAUGCAAUAAAGACCCGUAUACUGCAUUAUGGCUUCCAACUUUACGUAGAUUGUUUCCGAAUGCGAAAUAUCUCCUGAUGAUAAGAGAUGCACGUGCUAUAAUCCAUUCAAUGAUUGAGAGAAAGGUGCCUGUUGCUGGAUACAACACAUCCAACGAAAUUCAAAUGUUUCGAAAAUGGAAUCAGGAAAUUCAAAAAAUGUAUUUUCAAUGCGAAACAUCGGCGGGUUUAUGCCUAAAAGUUUAUUAUGAAAGACUUAUUCAAAAACCGAAAGAGGAAGUGGAAAGAAUAUGCAAGUUUCUAGAUAUUCCAUACUCCGAUCAAAUGCUCCGUCAUCAAGAACUAAUUGGAGUCGAGGUCGAAAUAAAUGACCAAGAAUUCAGCGCAUCGCAAAUAAAGAAUUCGAUCAACUCUGGACCAUUAACAUCAUGGUUUGACUGCAUUUCACCAGACGUUUUGAAUCAAAUUGGCGAGAUCGCCCCGUUUUUGGCAUUUCUUGGUUAUAAUACUUCUAGCACUAAGCCCAGUUACGACAGAUUCACAAAUGACGAUUUUUAUAAUUUUCGAAAUAACUAUUCAUAG